AUGGGUCGGGGAAGGAUUGAGAUCAAGAGGAUCGAGAACACGACUAGCCGGCAGGUGACCUUCUGCAAGCGCCGGAACGGGCUCCUCAAGAAGGCCUACGAGCUCUCCGUCCUCUGCGACGCCGAGGUGGCGCUCAUCGUCUUCUCCAGCCGCGGCCGCCUCUACGAGUACUCCAACAACAGUGUUAAGGCCACAAUUGACCGGUACAAGAAGGCACAUGCUUCUGGCUCAACUUCUGGGGCACCUCUCAUUGAGGUCAAUGCUCAGCUAUACUACCAGCAAGAAGCUGCAAAGCUGCGUCACCAGAUCCAGAUGCUGCAAAACACCAACAAGCACCUGGUUGGUGAUUCUGUGGGCAACCUUUCACUGAAAGAAUUGAAACAGCUUGAGAGCCGGCUGGAGAAAGGCAUUGCAAAGAUCAGGGCCAGGAAGAAUGAGCUGCUGUCUGGGGAGAUCAAUUACAUGGUCAAAAGGGAGAUAGAGCUUCAAAAUGACAAUAUGGACCUCAGAACCAAGAUCGCGGAGGGGGAGCAGCAGCUGCAGCAGGUGACCAUCGCCAGGCCCCCGUCCGUGGCGCCAGAGCUGAAUCCGUUCGCCGCGCUGGACAUGAAGUGCUUCUUUCCCGCCAACCUGUUCGAGGCGGCGGUGCAUGCGCAGGCUCAGGCGCACGCUCAUGCUCAAGCUCAAGCUCAGGCUCAGGCGUCGCUGCAGCUCAACCUCGGUUACCAGCUCGCACCACCGGGCGUCGGCGACACAGCUCACCACUUCUGA